AUGAUUUUUAACAUUUUUCUUUCUCAUUUUUCUCUUUUAACUCUCUUUCAGAAUUCCCCACUCUACCAAUAUCUGCAGGAUUUGGGACAUACAGAUUUUGAAGUAUGUACAUCUGUGUCGCAGAAGGCAGAGCAAUGUGCAGCAGCAGAAAGCCAAAAAGAGCGGACUGUGCAUGCUGCCCAGAAACAAGGCAUCCUGUCAAAACUAGUUGAGUUCUUUAGAAGUUGGUUUCCUUUUCCACAGUAUAAGAAAAAUGAUGACAUACUUCACCGACUGGAUGUUGGAUUUCGAUUUGACACGCUCCGUACCAUCCUGCAACAGGAAGUUCUGCUGCAGGAGGAUGUGGAACUGAUUGAGUUCCUUGACCCCAGUAUCCUGUCUGCAGGGCAGUGUAAGCAACAGGAAAACGGACAGCUUCCAACGCUACGCUCCCUAGCAACUCCUAAUAUUUGGGAUGUCUCGCUGUUUCUUGCCUUUGUAAGUGCACUGCUUAUGCUUCCUUCGUGGUGGAAGGAAUCAUCGUGGCUGCUGUGGGGACUAGUUCUGCUUGUCUAUGCUGUCUUUCGACUGUGGGGCACAUGGAGGACAGCCAAGCUGCAAAUGUCCCUGCGAAAAUACUGUAUCCAGCUGGAAGAAACAGUGGCAAAUAGCCGAGCUUUUACUAAUCUCGUGAGGAAAGCUCUACGACUCAUUCAAGAGACUGAAGUAAUUUCCAGAGGAUUUACCCUGGUCAGUGCCGCUUGCCCAUUUAAUAAAGCUGGACAGCAUCCUAGUCAGCAUCUUAUUGGUCUCCGGAAAGCUGUUUAUCGAUCUGUCAGAGCCAACUUCCGAGCUUCAAGACUGGCUACACUAUACAUGCUGAAAAACUACCCUCUGAACUCCGAGAGUGACAAUGUGACCAGCUACAUCUGUGUAGUUCCCUUUAAGGAGCUGGGUCUGGGACUGAGCGAAGAGCAGGUCUCUGAAGAGGAGGCACACAAUCUAACCGAUGGCUUCAGCUUGCCUGCGCUCAAGGUCCUUUUUCAGCUCUGGGUAGGGCAGAGUUCAGAAUUCUUCAGGAGGCUGUUGCUGCUCCUCUCCCCAGCCAACGCGUCCCCCAAGCCCUUAAUCUCCCCUGAACGGCUGCCUCAUCAUAUCUUGUCUGAUGUGACUCAAGGCCUACCUCAUACACACGCUGCCUGCUUAGAGGAGCUUAAGCGAAGCUAUGAGUUUUAUCGGUACUUUGAAACUCAGCAUCAGUCGGGUUUUGAACGGCCAACCCGAACAAAGCAGAAGUCAAGAGAGCUGAACAGUCUUCAGACAGCGGUACGCAGCUUGCAGCUUCAUCUCAAGGCUCUGCUCAAUGAGGUAAUAAUUCUUGAGGAUGAACUUGAAAAACUUGUUAGCACUAAGGAGACACCUGAGUUGACAACAGAAGCCCAUCAUGUUCUGGAACAAAAACUAAAGUUUAUUCAGCCUCACAUCCAGGCAAGCAACAGCUGCUGGGAAGAAGCCAUUUCUCAGGUGGAAAAAAUGAGUGGAAGAAACCCAAAUAAAAAAGGCAAACCUGAAGUUUCCUGUGAGAACCUACAGCGUACUACAGUACCUUUAUCACAGCCUGCCAUAUACAUAGAAAACAAAGAUCCAAUCCCUGAAGAGCAGGAAUUGGAAGCAUAUGUUGAUUAUUCAGACACAGAGAAUGAAUACAAAAGGGAAGAUUUUUACUGCUUUUCCCAGGAAGAAAGAGAGAGACAAGAACGAGAGAGACAGGAAUCGAAGAGGGUGUUACAAGAAUUGAAAUCUGUACUGGGAUUUAAAGCUUCAGAAAUAGAAAGACAGAAAUGGAAACAGCUGCUAUUCAGCGACCAUGCUGCAGUGAAACCCUUGUCUCCUGUAGAACCACUGAAGCUACUAAAUAAUUUGGAAUCACAUAUGAAUUCAGAUACAGAAAAGCAGGACUGCAGCCAAAGUUGUGAUAAACCUGAAGAAAAAGGCUCUAAUCCAAAAGUGAAUGCUGCUGAUAAAAGCAGGACAGAAUAUUUGUAUGAAGAUCCUGAGAUGGAGAAAAACAAAGACAGUACUACUGGUGAAGGUAUUUCUACAGGGGCUGAAGAAAGAAUGUGUUACCAGCAUGAAGGGAAAGUUGAAGAACUCAAGCCGAGUGAUAUGGAUGGAGUAGAGGUUACACAGUCUCCCUCUAAGGAUGCGUUACAUUCAAAAAUCAAGCAUAGGCUGGCCCAGCUCCACAUAUCAACAGAUUUAAAUUUCACAUCUGGUCUGGCUGCACAAGUUGCUGCCAGGUCUUUUGCUUUUACUACAAUGCAGGAAGAGACUUUUGGAGAUGAGGAGGAGGAGGAGGAGGAGGAAGAGAAGGCACAGGAGUGUGAAGACCUUGUUGAGGACUGUGAGAAUGAAGACAGAGGCUCUGAAAGUGAAGGAAAAGUAUAA